AUGUCGUCACGAGGAGAAUUGCCUUUGGAACUGGCACUCCGUGGGCGAAGUUCAUCGAUCGCUACAACGCUUUUGCAGCACUCUGCUGACCCGGACGCGCGCGGUCCUCGUGGUAGAACAUUGUUACAUAGGGCAGUCGACGCCAGAGACGCCUUCUCCGCAAAAUAUUUGGUCGACAAUGGAGCAGAUCCUGGCCUUACUACGAAGGAAGAAGGAGACACAGUACUUCAUUUAAUAGCAGCACUUACAUCAAGUUCUUGCGAUCCAGAAAUUAUGGAACAGAUGGUUGAAAUUGCAGAAACUGCUGUUAAUAAAGGAGCAGAUAUCAAUCGGCAAAACAGGAAAGGAUACACACCCCUCCAUCAAGCUGUGAUAGCUAGAAAUCAAAGGAUAUUUGACCUUUUAUUAAAACAACCCAACUUAGACACUAAUUUGAGGACUAUAUCAGAUGAGCACCCUCCACUUUACUAUGCUCUAGUAGACGAUCGAAGAGCAUCCAUAUCUUCAAGUGAAACUUUAGUAAUGAAUGGCUCUAAUCCUUUUGAUACUCCUGUAACAAACAAAAAUGCAUUCACUGAAGAUCCAGUAGAAGGAAAGUCGGAGAAUAUUGUGGAAAGAGGUUUCGCUGCAAAAUUAUUAGAGAAAGGAUGUCAACCAAAUCCUUUAUAUUCCGGAUCAGGCGACAGUUUACUCCACAUAUUGGCGCAAGGAUGGUUUGAGGACUCGGCAGUGUUCCUAACAUCGCAUCUCAACGGUGACCUGAACCACAGCAACGAAGCGGGCCUGUCGGCGCUGCACGCGGCGUGCGCCAACGGCCUCACGCGCCUCACAGCCGCGCUACUGGAGCACGGCGCAAGACCUAACUUACAAACUGCUUACGGGGAACACGAGGAUACAGUGUAUAGACAAACUCCUCUUCACUUAGCAGUACUAAACAACCACGAAGGUUCUGUAACUGCCAUAAUAGAUCACAAGAGAUUGGUAGAAAAAGGCGAGCUUCCAGCCACCGACAGGUCUAAUGUGAGCCUCGUACCAAACCUAAACCUGAAGAACUCCGAGGGAGAUACACCAGUUAGUCUUGCACUUACUGAAGGCCACAAGCAUCUGGUAGCCCCACUUAUCGAGGGUGGAGCAGACCCGAAUAUUCGCAAUGGAAAAGGCUUCACGUUGCUACAUCAAGCUAUUGUCGAAGAAGAUUCUAGAACAUCCAUAUUCCUGCUAGACCACGGCGCAGAUAUGAAUGCUUUAACCGAUGCAGGGGAAACGCCCCUCCAGCUAGCGAUCCACUGCCGGCUGGGGCUGGUGGUGGAGGCGCUGUGCGUGCGCGGCGUGGACAUGAGCCGCCUCGACGCGCACGGCGUGCCGCCGCUGUGGGCCGCGCUCGACUCCGGACAGGAGGAGGUUGCCAGUAUUUUAGUUCGCAAUGGUGCGGACGCAGACUGCUGGGGACCGGGGCCCGAUGGAUGCAUGCAAACUUUAUUACACAAGGCAAUAGACGAAAACAAGGAGUCAUUAGCUACAUUUUUGAUACGAUCUGGGUGUGACGUGGAAAGUCCAAGAAAGACGGGACCGAACGGCGAAGGCGCGGAGGUGGCGGCCGACCGCCAGGCGCCGCUGCACCUGUGCUGCACGUGGGGGCUUACUGAAGUUAUACAGACUCUGCUCGAGCACGGGGCGAACAUAAACUCCAAGGACGCAGAAGGCAAGACGCCGCUCCACAUCGCGAUAGAGAACCAGCACGCGGCGAUCAUCUCGCUGCUGCUGUCGCAGCCCGGCGUCGACCUGUCGGCGCGCGACAGCCGCGGCGUCACGCCCUUCGCCGCCGCGCUCACGGCGCGCAACAAUAAGGCGGCGCAGGCUAUAUUGGAGAAGAAUCCUUCGGCCGCUGAACAGGUGGACAAAAAGGGUCGCAACUUCCUCCACGUGGCCAUCCAGACGUGCGACAUGGAGAGCGUGAUGUUCCUGCUGUCGGUGGAGGUGGACGUGAACUCGCGCGUGCAGGACGCGACGCUGGCGCCGCCGCUGCACCUGGCGGCCGCCGUCGGCAACGAGGUGCUGCUGCGCAGUCUGCUGCUGGCCGGCGCGAGGCCCAACGACAGGGAUGCGCAUAAACGCACGGCGCUGCACGUGGCGGCGGGCACGGGGCAGGCGGGCAUCGUGAGCGCGCUGGCGGGCGGCGGCGCGGAGUGCGGCGCGGCGGACGCGGCCGGCGACAACGCGCUGCACGUGGCCGCGCGCGAGGGCCACGCCGCCGCCGCGCGCGCGCUGCUCGCCGACACGGACGUUGAUGCCGCCGCUACCAACUUGAAAGGUCGUAACCCGUUACACGAGCUGUGCUGGUGCAAGAAGGAUAAUGCAGCUACCAUAUGUGAAAUUUUCCUCGAGUUUAUGCCCGACUAUCCAAUUAAUAGGACUGACUUGCAAGGCAACACGGCUCUGCUGCUGGCGUACAUGAACGGGCAGGGCGCGCUGUGCCGCGUGCUGGUGCGCGCCGGCGCCUGCCUCGCGCACGAGAACAAGGACGGCAUCUCGAUAUUCAACUACCAGGUGGCGACGAAGCAGCUGCUGCACCGGCUGCUGGACGCGCUGCCGGCGGAGGCGCCGUGGGCGGAGAGUGACCUCUGCCAGGAGUGCGGCACCAAGUUCACUCUCACUAUGCGCAAGCAUCACUGCCGCCACUGUGGAAGAAUGUUAUGUAACAAAUGUUCAAGCCAAGACAUACCUAUUCUUAAGUUUGGGAUGAACAAACCACAACGAGUCUGCGAAAUAUGCUUCAACGUAUUACAAGUCGGCGCCAGU